AGACCGGCCCAAACGCCAGAUCACACAGAACAAAACCUCUGCAGAAAAAAGUCUGAAUGAAAUUAGCUGGAGCAUGUGACCUGAACGGCCCAAUGACACUCGGAUGCUUUUUUUUUCUUCAGUUGUGGGGAACGGUUUAAACUUGUCGUCUGGCUAAGGGAGAAGCUUUUUCUGUGGGCCGCCACAACCACAAACCAAGUCUGCGACCGGUCACGGCUCUCUAGGCACUCGAGAUCUGCGAGAUAAAGAUAGACGAGAGGGACUGAAGAGCACGAGGGGGGAGGGAGAAUACGUGUUGAUGUCAUCGUGUGAAACAGACAAUUCGCCGGAAAAACCACAGCGACACGUUUGCGCUCCUGCUCUUUUGCACAAGGGUAAGCAUCAGUUAACCACAGGCUGACCACCGAUCGCAAUCGCCCGUGUCUGUGAGCCAUGCACAGAAUCCCAGGACCGAACCGCCUCUCUGGACCGGCUCAGGGCGACCACGGGUUCCCGGGUGUGGGGCAAAACCGGGAGCCCUUCAAAAUUCGGGAGCAGAUCAAGUUGGAAGCGUUGGAUUCUGACGAAGAGGAGGAGAAGCAACCGCUCGCGAUGGCCUCCAACAGCAUCUUCGAAAGCUUCUCGUCGUACCAGUCGUGCUUCUCCAGGGAACCUGCGCCUGGGCGACGCUUCACGCCUCCCUCGACGACCCUGAGCUCGGGGAAGAUGAACGAGGGUUUGCCUCUGGGCGCUCAGGAGAGCAGUGGCGCCGCCCUGGUGGGGAAACUGCGCAUGGCUGACCGGAGCAUGGUGGAGGUGCUCUCAGACCACCCAGGAGAACUGGUGCGCACCGACAGCCCAAACUUCCUCUGCUCCGUCCUGCCAACACACUGGCGCUGCAACAAGACCCUGCCCAUCGCUUUCAAGGUGGUUGCCCUCGGCGACAUCCCUGACGGCACACUGGUCACUGUGAUGGCCGGCAACGAUGAGAAUUAUUCUGCCGAGCUUCGAAACGCCACGGCCGCCAUCAAGAACCAAGUGGCCCGUUUCAACGACCUGCGUUUCGUCGGCCGCAGCGGACGAGGGAAGAGUUUCACUCUCACCAUCACGGUCUUCACAAACCCUCCUCAAGUGGCCACGUAUCAGAGAGCCAUAAAGAUCACGGUGGACGGGCCCCGAGAACCACGCCGCCACCGACAGAAGCCGGAUGAAGCGGUAAAGCCCGGCGCGUUAGCUUUCUCUGAGCAGUUGAGGCGAAGUGCCAUGCGCUGCAGUCCACACCAUGGCCCCGCCCCCCGCCCCGCCCUGACCACGCCCCCUUUCAGCAGCCCCGCCCACAGCCAGAUCCCCGAUUCCAGGCAGAUGCAAACGUCUCCGUCCUGGUCGUACGAGCAGUCGUACCCGUACCUGGGCCCGAUCUCCACCCCGACGGUCCACCCGACGACCCCCAUCUCACCCAGCCGCAACGCCAUACACUGUCCCGAUCUGACGGCGUUCACCGAUCCUCGUGUCGGCCUGGAUCGCUCCUUCCCCUCGCUCCCCUCUCUACCGGACGGGCGUUUCUCGGACCCGCGCGUGCCGUACCCGACCGGGCCGUUCACCUACACCCCCACCCCCGUCACCAACGCCAUCGGCAUCAGCAUGUCGGCCAUGACGAGCCCCGCGGGACGCUACCACACGUACCUCCCGCCGGCGUACCCCGCGGGCUCCUCGCAGGCUCAGGCGGGACCGUUCCAGGCCGGCUCGUCCCCGUAUCACCUGUACUACAGCAGCGCCGCGGGAUCCUACCAGUUCUCCAUGAUGCCGGGAGGAGAGCGUUCGCCACCGCGGAUCUUACCGCCGUGCACCAACGCCUCCACAGGCUCCGCCCUCCUGCACCCGUCGCUGCCCAAUCAGAGCGAAGGCGUGGGCGAGGCCGAGGGAAGCCACAGUAGUUCGCCGACUAGCAUGUCGGUCGAAGCCGUCUGGAGGCCGUAUUGACAUGUAACAAAAGUUCUUUAGAUGUUACUCUGAGGGGUUCGACA